AUGGAAGGUGGUGGUGGUAUACCAACUAAUCAUCGACUAUCAACAUCAAUAAAUGUUCCACGUCGAUUAUCAACGAAACGUACAAGUCGAGCACGUCUUGAUUCAGCAUCAACAAAUGAUGAUAAUAAACCAGAUCAAGUUCUUUCACAAUCAAUGGAUGAUAUAGCUGUCAAAAAUGCACUUGGUUUUCUUGAGAAAUAUGAUAAAUUAGAAAUGUGUGAAAUAUUAGCAACACGUGAUACACAUUGGUUUUUAACAAAUGGAGAUAUUUAUAAAGCUCCAACUGAACUACCAAAUGGAUUCAUUAGACAAUUACAAGUGUUUAAUGAUUCUCAUGUUGAUAUAUUAUUUCCAGUUGAUGAUAGUAUCGCACAUUUAGAUGCACGUGAAAUUCAUCAAUUAAUACGAGAAUUAACUAUUGGUGUCUAUUCUCUUAAUGCACAUCCAGUAUUAAGUCUUGAAGCAAAUUUUGAUAUAAGUUCAACAUGUCAAAUGCCAACUGGUUAUAUUGAUACACGUAUUGGACAAAUAAUGAUUAAUUGUGAUUCAUGGCUUAAAUCUGUUUGGCAUGGUGUUUUUAUGCCAAGAGAAAAACGUGGUAAAUUUGCUGAUCGUUGGCGUCAUUUUAAUGAACCUUCAACUACACGUUCGAUAACACAUGAAUUUGAUGCAGCAGGUUUACAAGAAAUAAAUCAAGAUUCUGAUUAUACUGAAGCAAAAAAUUUCUUUCAACCUGAAGUCAAAUCUGAAGAACAAACAAUAUCUGAUGAAGAAUUUUUACUUUCAUAUGUUGAUGAUUUAUCAAUGGUAUUAACAGUUUAUCUUGAUAAGUUAUCUCAAUUUAAAAAUUGUUUAAUGUUUAAUGGAAAUUAUAUAAUACAAUCACAAAUAAAAGCAACACAAGACAAAUUAGAUAAUCAACAAUUUCAACGUUUAAAAGCAUUACUUCAAGUUCAUGAAAAAUAUAUUAGGAAAACACUUCCAUUAAAAACGGAAGUUCGAAGAUAUAUUUAUCUUCUUGAACUUACUUGUUUUUUAUUUACUAUACUUGUUGCACUUAAACGUCGAAUGAAAAAAAUUCCAAAUCUAAAUCGACUUUUACCUAUGAUUACUGGUGACGAAGUUCGUACUGAACGAGAACUUCCACCAUUUAUAUAUUUUAAAAAAGACCCAUCAAAUGUAUUUCCAUUUGAAAGUGAAACCAUGUUUCAUUUACAUGGUGGAAUUCAAUUUGAAUAUGAAACAGGUCCAUUGAAUGAUAAACUUUCUCGAGCAUUUAAUGGAAAAAAUACAUCAAUGCUUGAUGCAUCUCGUCGAACUUUAUAUGGAUAUUUAGAUGUCCCGAAUCAACCACUCAUAGAAUAUCUUUUACCGAUUGUGGAAAUUGACGGAAAAAAAUUCUAUCAUUUGGUUAUUGAUAUUGAACCGUAUUAUGGUUUACAUCCAAUAUGGUUACGUGUAAUUCAAAGACCAUUAGAAGAUGCGGCAAGAAAAAAAUUUCUGAAUGAAACAGUUAUAUAUGAAACAUAUAAAAAAUAUUUUGGACGAAAAAAAGCAACGAAUUAUAAGAAUCCUGAACAUGGUCUACGUGCAUCUGCUCAAAGAGGUCUUGCAUGUAUUUUUCAAGCAUUAAUACGUAAAACACCAGCAUCUGCAUUGGGUAAACCACAUCAUCGUGAUGGUCUUACACUUAUGCAUAUUGCUGCUAUAUACAAUCGCCCAAUGAUUAUUGAUAUGUUACUUCUCGUAGGUAUCGAUAUAAACACUAGAGCAGAAGUAAAUUAUACAUCAAUCGGUGGUACACCGCUACAUUCUGCUUGUCGACAUGGAAGUUUAGAUGCUGCAUCUUGUUUAUUAGGUAAUAUGGCAGCUAUUGUAUUUGAUCAUCAAGGAUGGUCACCUAUUCAUCAUGCUGCCUAUUGUGAUCAUGUUCCGAUUGUAAGACUUCUCUAUAAUAAAUAUUCUGAAUUACUUGAGCAAACAACUAAAGACAGUUUUCAAACAACUCCACUUCUAUUAGCAGCAACAUCGGGUGCAUUAGAUGCUGUAAAAUGUUUAGUUUCAUUAGGUGCAAAUCUUGCAUAUAAAGAUACAUCUUCACAUACAGUUAUUCAUGUGGCUGUUAAUAAUAUACAUACGAAUAUUAUUGAAUAUUUUAUUCAAUUAAAUUCCGAACUUGUACCAACAUGGCCUGUACUUGUUGAUUUAAUAAAUCAUGCUGAUUCAUCAAUGAAACGAGCUGUUGUUCAAUGUUUACAUGAAAUGACAACACAUGGUGAAGAAUUUUGGUAUCCAUUAUUAGAAACAGGUGGUAUUCGACGACUUAUAGCAUUACUUAACGUGACUGAUAAUAGUUUAGUAUUAUCAGUAUUAUCUGUUUUAUGCAAUAUAUCAACAAAUAUAGAAGUACGAGAAGAAAUUUCAACAGCGAGUGAAAAUUUAUAUGAAAUGUUUUCACAUUUAUUAAAAUCAAAUAAUGAUGAAAUACGUUCAAAAACAGCAAUAUUAGUUGCUGAUAUUUGUUUUAUACCAUCAAAUCAAGAACGUUUUCUUCAAUCAGGUGCAGUUUCAGCUUUAUCAAAUAUGCUUAAUUCACCUAUUGAAGAUGUUCUUGUAAAUGCUUGUAAUGCAAUUGAUUUACUUUGUCGUAAAAAUCAAUAUAUGCAAAAUGAAUUAGCUCAAUGUGGAAUUAUUAAACAAUUGACUGAUUUACUUUUACUUGAUUCAAAAGUUUUACAAGGAACUGUAGCUUCAGCAUUAGCAUCAAUAACAUAUGAUAAUCGAACAAAUCAAACAUUAGCAGCAUCUAUGGGUGCACUUAAACGUAUUGUAGAUCUUAUGCAAGAUAGAGAAUUUGGUAUACGUUAUAAAGCAUCAUUAGCAAUCGAAGCAUUAGCAAUGAAUAAUGUCGACAAUCAACGAGAAUUUUUAUCAAAAAAACUUAACGCACAAAAACCAUUGAAUGAAUUAAUGGAGGUUCGUAGUUCUGGUGAAUGGUCAUUAGAAAUUCGUGAACAAGCUGCUUUUUCAUUAUGGGCACUUGGUGGACAAAUAAAAACGCAACAACGUUCUGUAGCUGAAUGUAUUGGUAUUUCACAAAUUGUAACAAUGCUUUUAUCUCCAUCGGAAAAAUUACAAUAUGUUGCAUUAAAUGCAAUUAUUGCAUUAACUGAUGAAGAUGAAAUUAAUCAAAAUCGAUUAUAUAAUGAAAAUAUUCUUACACCACUUUUUCGUUUACUUAAACAAUAUCAACAAUUAUCACAUCGAGUUUUACUUGUACUUGUUCGAUUGUUUGGUGUACUUUGUACUGGUGCGGCACUUACACCAAAUACUUUAUUACAAAAUGCAAUUGUUGAAGAGGAUGCUAUGGCAGUAAUUAUUCUUAUAUCAGAUAUAAUAGAAUAUGUUGAUGUUAAAGUUGAAUGUAUUUUAAGUUUAUCGAAAAUAGUAUCAAAUAAUACUGAUAAUCAAAAACAUUUAGCAAAUAAUUUUAAUAUUAAUGAUUUUAUUGUAAAAUUUAUUCAAAUCACUGAACCUGAUUUAAAAUUACGAGCUUUAUUAGCGUUAGCUUUAUUUGCUUAUAAUAAUUUAGAAAAUCAAUCGACUUUAAAACGAACAAAUGCUAUACUCUAUGAGUCAUUUCGACCAUUUAUUGAAUCACAAAAUCCAUUACAUUCAACUAUGGCUUGUUUUCAAGUUAUUAUUCUUACACGAGUUAUUUCUGAUAAUGAAGAUGAACAAGUAGCAUUAACAGCGCAUGCUAUUAUGAAACUUGCAGAACUUUUAUUACAAACUAAUACAGCUUUAGUUACACAAAUAGCUAAAUACAUUUCAUCAUUAGCUCGUAUUCGAACGGGUAUAAGUGAUGGUUUACUCUCAUGCGAAGUUCUUGGACGUUUAAUUGACAAACUUUAUGCACCAUCACUUCCACAAACUAGUGAAGAUGCAGGUGAUGAAGAUGAAAUGCAUAGUGCUUGUGCUAUAGCAAUUGGUGCUUUAACAUAUAAUAAAACAGCAUUUCGUCAACUUUAUAAUCUUGUUCGACGUGAUCCUACACUGUAUGAUAAAAUUAUUGAAUAUGGUAGACGUUCAUGUAUGUCACCAGAAUUUGUUACAUAUUUUGAAAGUGAACGAGCACAAGGUUUACCAGUAGACAGUCUUUCUGUUCAACUUCGUGUUCUUGAAUCUCGGCCAGCAUCUUCAGUUAAUCGUCGAUCAGCACUUGGUGAUCGUCAAACACCAUCUCGUAUAAAAACUGCACAUAGUCGUUUACAAACUGCUACACCAUUAUCAAAUAAUAAACGACGUUUAACUGUAUCAUCGAAAUCAACUCCAACAUAA